AUGGCACGGACGAGGGCUCGUACAACCAGAGCUGAUCCAGCAUGUAGGCUCAAAUCCGCAAAGUCCAAAUCGACGACUCUCAGACGGACAGGGUUGAUACUCACUGGCCUCCGGGCAGGGUAUCCCCGGCUCCUUCGCCCAUCUGUGAGAUCUGAACCCAUCGCCAACAACGACGCCAACCCAAUCACCGAAGCCAAAUUUGAGGAACUGAAGUCACGUAUCGACACGAUUAUUGACGCCCACAACAUUCCUCGCGGACCAAAUGAUCCUGCCGUCAUGUAUCGAGCUCAACGAUGGGGCACCUCCAUGCUACCACGCGUCAUUGUCGACUGUAUCUACGACGAAGAAACAAGCAACAGUAAAAUGUGGACAAAUGCUGUAACCGAGAUCUAUGCAGCAGCAAAGCGGGCGGCUGAAGGCAGGGGAGAGAUUGGCGUUGAGCUCUUUGACUGGAGAUAUACAAACACUUCUCAUAUCUGUACGCCCCCCGACUCCGACAGUCAAGAAUUGAAGGCAAACAGGAACGAGGGACAUUGCUAUCGCCGGCAGAUUCUUCAGUUAUUUGAGAACCGUCCUCCCAUGUUCCAGGCUAUGAUCCCCGUUGGCCGAUGUGCAACAGGGGAACGCGCGUAUGAGUGGACGACGGUUAUUCUUUUUGACGCGAUAAAUGCAGAGGAUGUUGUAUGGGAUUUCCUGGAAGAACGAAUGCGUUCUAUACUCCCAGCAAAGUUUCCUAUUGAGAUCCGCCAACGAGCAGGUCCAUUGUUCUGUAAUGGUGAUUUGGAAGAUGAGCGGCUGGUUGUUGUUGGAAGGUAUAUGAGACCUCCUAUACCAGGUUGCGAAAUCAGUCAGCAACACGAGUCAUCACCGGCAGGAACAAUGGGUGGCUACAUUAUUACAGAGGCGAAGGAUACCAAGAGGAGAACAACGUUUGGAGUUACAAAUGCGCAUGUGGCACUUGCUAGCUACGAAGAAACGUGUUUCAGCACGCCGGCUGCUGAAGAGAUUAGUAUUCAGUCGCCGGAUGUGGAGUGUCGCAGGCAGCAUGAAACUCUAUUGCUCAAUCGUAUCACAAAGACCAAGGAAAGAAUCCAGACAACACUAGACAUAGUCGAUGCAGUCAAAGAAACGGAACCCAGCCUCUCUCAAAGAUUGGAGAAUUCUCUGAUACUCAACCAGCCGAGGCUUGCAUCCCUGACCAGGGACCUUCAGACGGACAAACUCAUGAUGGACCUUGCAUUGAUCAAGGUGGAUUGUUUAGCAGACAAGAGGCCCCAGGAGGUCUAUUGGCAGAAGAGCGCCGUGAACCCCCCAAUCUGGGAGGAUACAACAUGUAACUUUUGGGAGGUGGAUUCAUUGGCGGCCUCGAAGGAUGCUGAGAAGCAUAUCAACGUCGUUGCAAAGCUAUCUCGGUCAGGGGCUUACACCAUGGGCGUUGUAAGCGGCUUCAAAGCUGAUACUAUUCCUUUUUACAAGAACGGCCAACCGACAUUAAAGAAGGUAGAGGCAUGGGCGAUUACCUGCCCUCGUAGGCAUGAGAGCGAGGGAGACUUUAUGGCGUAUCUGGCGAUUGCAACUUAG